CCAUAUACUUCUGCGUUGCCGAAAACUUUUUUUGUUAAUUUUUCGAGCAUAUUGAUGCCGCUUUGUGGCCGUUCUGUGAUGAUUCAGUUUAGCGCAUUUCUGACAUCUGACAUUGAUUCAUAACCUAGUUGUUUGUUAUUGAGUGUGUUAAACUUUUACUAGCUAUUCUAUUCAAAUAAACAAAAAUGGAUAUUUUAAGAGCAGAAAUGGAAAAGAAGCGCAAAGAACUGGAAGACAAGAACUUGAUGAAUCCAACUUAAAUCAGUCUGGAUCUGAUGCUGCUACUAGUUCCAAGGAUUUGCAAGAGGGAAAUAAAGCUGAGACAGAUGUCAAGCAUAAUAUAGUUCCCAGGCAAGAAGUGAUAAACAAAUUAAGAGAUAGAGGAGAACCGAUCUUGUUAUUUGGGGAAUCAGAAAUUGACGCUUGCAAGCGUCUUAGAAAGUGCGAACUUCUUGAGCCUGAAGUCAAUAGAGGAUUCAGGAAUGAUUUGCAAGAGGCCAUGGAACAAGUUGAUCAAGAAUAUUUAAAUGAUUUUCUAAAGUCAAAUUCGUCAGGGAAUGGCACAAAAACUAAGGGUCACCUGGAAAAGCCCAGCGUUACAUAUGAAGAGAUUUUCGAAAUGGCCAAGAAAAUGGGACGGGGAAAUAGAGAACAUGACAUGUCCACUAUAGUACAUUUUAUACAGCUUUUACUCUUUAAAUGGGAUGACCAGUUACAUAACAGAUCACAAGAAAUUAAGAUGGCGACGAAAGGAAAAUUGCAAGGAGCUACCUACGCACAGACACAAGUUUAUCUGAAGCCGCUUUUGAGGAAAUUGAAGAACUUCAGUCUUCCAGAAGAUAUUUCGGAUAGUUUGACUGAAAUUGUGGUGCAUUUACUGAAUCGGAACUAUUUAAAGGCUAGUGAUGCCUAUCUUCAGAUGGCGAUAGGAAAUGCACCAUGGCCAAUUGGUGUUACCAUGGUGGGUAUUCAUGCGAGAACGGGAAGAGAAAAGAUCUUCUCUAAGAACGUAGCUCACGUAAUGAACGACGAAACACAAAGAAAAUAUAUACAAGCUUUAAAGAGAUUGAUGACAAAAUGUCAAGAGUAUUAUCCAACAGAUCCGUCCCGGUGUGUAGAGUACCAACCGCCAAGCGCGGAAGAAGGGGGAUCCGAAUUAUAAGACGUGAGACAAAUAUUAUUUUAAUUGAAAGGGUAUGUGGUACUUCUGCGACUGCUGCGCUAGUCGUGCAGCUGUUGAAAAUUGAUGAUUUUUUAUUAAGAAAGAAAAUAAAGA